AACUAUACGUUUAUUUGCCUUCCGAUGAAAGAUGCGGAAAGAUCUAAAGUAAAUUGUCUAAGAGACCAAUUUGAACUAAAUUCAGCCUUGUGAACUAAGACUCAAAAAGAAUAGAUCAAGUCUUUUCAGUCAGAAGUUUUCAGAAAGGAAACAAGGAAUAUCAGCCUGGAAAUUAAUUUUUUAGAAUGUUUUUUCUUAAAUGUAGUUUUGAAAACUAAGCUGAGUUAGCAGACUAAAAAGAAUAACAUUAAACUGUUAUUUAACAUUGGAUUGUUAGGAAUUGUCAGGAGUACAAGUAGAGUCUAUAAUACACAAUUUCUUAUUUUGGAAACAUGUUUGAUUUGUCUGUGUAUCUGAAAUGGUCAGUCUAAAAGAUUGCUGAGAAUUUAAAUCUGAAUAAGCACCUAACGGCUCUAACACCUUUUGUUCUGUUUUCACACCUCUGAGGGCACAUCUCCUGUACUUGCCAUGGCUGAGUCUGCACGAAACAAUGGUAAUGGCCCUGCAUUGAGGCCAACAACAGAAAGACAUGGAACAGAACCUCCAAAUGUUACUAUUGAUCAAAUGAUGCAAAAUCUGAAUGAAUAUUUGGACAAAAGGCUGGGACUAAGGAAGUGCCAGGGUGACAUCUGCCAGAAGUACAACAUCAGGCACUCAGAGAAUGGACAUUGGGCCUUGCCGGACAUUAAAAGGGCUUAUGGAAAGAUGCAGCGCUCAAGAGCAAACACAAACAGAGAUGGCUUGUCUGUAAUUUUGGUCAAACAAAUUCAACAGCAUCUACAGAAGUGUGAGACUGACAAAUUACUACGUGAGAAGAAAGCAGAGAAAGCAAAGGUUCAAGCACUGGCUGAACAAUUGCAAAAUGAAAAGAAAGACAAAGAAAGACUACUAAAUGAGAAGACGAAGUUGUUAAAUUUGCUUUCCAAACGAUUGGAAUCAAAAGACUGUUCUGGAAAAAAGAGUCAUUCCAUAAGAUCUAGCAGCAAAGCAGAACAAGAGUUUCUCUAUCCAUUCAGUGAUCUCCAGAAGAAUGAGGAUCAACAAGACCUUUAUCUGCUUAGAGAAAGUGACAACAGUUCCACAGUGAACUCUGACAGAGAUGUAAACACACAUGAUGAUAUCAUAAAGGACAACUUGAAGGUUAGGCUUGCUCCUGUAAUUGUCAAAAACAGAAGAACUGAAGUUGAAAUUAACAAUGAGGAGAAGUAUGAGGAAAAUGGUGAACGACGAACUCGAACUAUCACAAAAGUGGUAAAGAAAUAUGUUCCACACAGAACAUACCAGCCAGCUACUCCAGAGCAAGUUGACAAAUGGUCAAAAGAUUUGCCAGAUGUGUACAAACAACCACGGAAAGCUUGGCAAUUUCUUCAGCAUUUGCAGAAAAUCUACAAUUUGCACCCACUAGACGGCAUGCCUCUUAAAACCGCAUUUGUAAAUGGACUAAAACCUGAGAUUUCUAAAGCCUUAAAAUCAGGUAUGAUGACUGGGACAGCAUUGGAACAGCAUUCAUGCAGAUUGUUGAAUGGUCAGCAAAGAUUGAAAGAACACAGGAAGUCAAUCUCAGAGCUUUGCAAACCAAAACCUUGUCAUUCAACAACAGGACAACGGGGUAUGAAGAACAUGAAUAUGUGAGAUACCCAAAAGCAAAAAGUCAAGGAAGAUGCAGGUACUGCAACGAAGAAGGACACUGGGUUCGUGAUUGCAAGUUGAUUUUAACACAUCAAAGUGAUGAUGAGGACAACUUGUGGAAGAGGUUUCAGCAGUUGACAGACAAGCAAAAGCAGACUCUGCUGAAAGCUUCUGAGCCGCAGGAAAACUGAAGAACCUCUCUCUGCAGCACCAACUAGUGACAUCUCGUCCAACAACUGAUGUACUCCAUGAGUAUGCAAAAAACACAAAUGAAGACCCCAUCCCAAAGGUGAAAGCAUACACAGAAGUCUCAACAACUGAAGCCAAAGAUGAUGUCCUAGUAGACAGUGCUGCUAAACAAGCCGUAAAGGAGAGAGGUGCACAUACAGCGGCAUUAAGACAACUUGUGCAAGACAGACAAUCAGACAUUAAACAGAAUGCAGAAUUGAAGUGCACAAAGAAGAAAAAACAUCAUUGAUGGAAAAUGGAGUUGAACUGCAUGAAGACAACCAAUGCAGUCAGGAUGACCACAGGAAAACAGGAAUAAGCUUCUUUGAACAUGUCACAGGCCAGCCCAUGCCCAAUGAAAAUCUAACAUCUGACAGCCUUGUCCAAACUGAUGAAAGACUCAGCCUGGCAGUACACAAUGCCAAGGAUAAAGUUUUGACACCUCCAAAGGGGGGCCAUGGUAAAGUAACAAUUAAAAAAACUCAGAGGUCACAGCGAGAAUCCAGGUGGAAAAGCC